UAGAAGCAGGGUUGUUCGGAAGAGUGGCUCGCAAAGUACCGAUGUUGAAGAAAGAACAUAGAAAUGCUCGUUUGGCAUUUGCACGUAAAUAUGGACAUUGGACCUACGCCCAAUGGCAACAUGUACUUUUCUCUGACGAGACCAAGGUUAAUUUGAUUUCUUCAGAUGGAAGGCAAUAUGUACGGCGUCCUGUAAAAGCGGAAAUGAAUUCAAGAUUCACAAAAAAACAAGUGAAACAUGGCGGUGGAAACAUUAAAAUAUGGGGUUCACUUUCUGGACGUGGAGUGGGACCUGUGAGGAAAGUUCAGGGUAACUUAGACCAACAUCAAUACAAGGCAAUAUUGGAAGAAACUAUGCUUCCCUAUGCUGAGGAGCAUCUCCCUAUUAUAUGGACGUUUCAGCAGGAUAACGACCCGAAACAUACCGCCCAAUAAGUCAAGUCGUUUCUUACCAGUUAGUUUGUAUCGGUGAUAGAUUGGCCAGCAAAUAGCCGGACCUCAACCCAAUUGAGCACCUUUGGCACGAAAUCAAGAAAAAAGUUGCCACUUAUCGUAAUACAAAUUUGGAUGAACUUCAUGAAGCUUUUUGUGAGGCAUGGGCAAACAUUCCUGUCAAAACAUGUCAGAAACUGAUAAUGUCUAUGCCACAUCGGUGUCAAGCGAGAGCUCACUUCAGAAAUGGAGUUUCAGAUUGAUGUGGACUUUCAAAACAGAAAAACGGAGAUGUUCAUCAACGGUGAUGACGAUUUGUUUCCUGAAAUGGGUGACGAGGAUGACAGUGAUGGAGAGGAUACACUCAGGAAUAUUGAGGAGACAACCAAAAAGAUGAUGCUGGCCUCACCAGAUUACUUGUCUUUUGAGGAGUUGGGCGCCAAUAUGAUAGACUGCAUGAGCACUGGUGACGUGAAAAUGCUCAUCAUAGAAGAAGGUAAAGGACCUCUGGUGCCCGUUGAUUCAGAAGUGACGAUACAUUACGCGGCUUACUGGGAGAAAGCUGUGAUACCGUUUGAUUCUACUUUAACCAUGAAUAUGGGCGCACCAAAGCGUCUGCGUUUAGGAACAGGGAAAAUAAUACCCGGUCUGGAGAUAGGUUUGACUAUGGUCAAAGGGCCACAGGCGCGUCUCAACUUGCUGGUGCAACCGGCGGCCGCGUGGGGUCCGCGCGGGGUCCCGCCCAGGAUCAGACCGGAGCCCGCGCUCUUCGUCAUCGUCUUGUAUGACGUCAAAGACAACUACGCGGCCACCAGAUUUAACGAUCUACCAAUGGCGGAGCAGACUAAAUACGAGGUCACAUUGCGUACCGUCAACGCCUUACGCGCUGACGCCAAAGAGCUAUACAAGAAAAAGAAAUAUGUGAAGGCCAUUAAGAAUUAUCAGCAGGCCAUCUCGGUUUUGCGUCUAUCGCGUCCUGGUACGGCCGACGAGGAGUUAGACAUAAAAAACAAUAAAGUUAACGCGUACUUAAAUUUGGCAGUCUGCUAUUACAAGACGAACAAGCCUAAACACGUUCUGAACAUGUGCGAAUGCUUGGACAGACUUAUUGACACCGAAAAGCACUGCAAAGCGCUUUACUACUAUGGGAAAGCUCACGAAAUGCUCGGCAAAACGGAAAUGGCGAUUAAAUAUUACAAGAAAGCUUUAAAAUUGGAGCCGAAAAAUAAAGAGAUUGGCAAGAUAUUGGCGGAUUUAGAUACGAAGACGAAGGAUUUUGCGGUCAACGAGAAGGCUAUGUGGCUGAAGGCGUUUAACGUCGAGGUCCCCGCGACGAACGCGGUCUAUGACGUUGACGCGACUUUCCAAAGUGACGUGUUGGACAUGUGUCAAAGUUUGGCGGGAAGGUCGGAGUUUGCGAAAUUCGAUCUGCCCGUCGGGCUGACGAAAAACGAGGUGGAUUGCAUCAAGGGUAUUGUGAGCGAUUUCGGGUGCCUCUCAGUGGACGUCAGCGGUGAAGGUAGAAAUAAAAAAGUUUGUAUCGUUAAGAAGAUCGUCUGAGCUUUUACCUUAGGAUACCUCAGCUGUGAGGGUAGAAAUAAAAAUGUUUGUAUCGUUAAGAAGAUCGUCUGAGCUUUUACCUAAGGAUACCUCAGCUGUGAGGGUAGAAAUAAAAAUGUUUGUAUCGUUAAGAAGAUCGUCUGAGCUUUUCCUUAAGGAUACCUAAAGUGAUAACGUUCACGAUUAAUUAAUUAAUGAUAAAAAUCAAAGUGAGCUUCUUUUUUUUAAAUAGGAAACCAUAUCGAGGGUUGAAAGGUUAUUUGAUUAAAGCGACAUUUAUCUUUGUAAUUAAAGGUCCGUUUUAUUCGGUAUCAGCAUCGACGGUUCGUUGUUGUUAAUUGAACUUUGAGUUUAUUCAUUGAAAUAGCUGAAGAAGUUUUUAUAUUUUGUUAUGAUAUUUUUUCCAAAUUUUAAACUUAUAUGACUCUCCUGUUAAGUUGAAAAAAUGUCGCUUACAAACAGUCUUUCACCCCUCUAUAUAUUUAUCUCGUGCUGAGGUGUGGAAAUAUGAUUUACCUGCCAAAGCCCUACCUAUAGAUAAUAUUAUAUGCUUGCAGAACUAAAAAGUUCGGUAGCUAUAAAUGCAUUUAUUAGUUUUUUUAGGCGUUUAUGUUUCCCAGUCAAUUAUGGACGGGGUGGGGGGUGAUUUAUUCGACCGUCAAGUGUUUUUUUUUUUAAUACAAAUUUUUUUUAUAGUGGAGUCUUCGGUCAAUGAUAAAAUCGGUGAGUUCGAACGUCUUCAGAUCCAUGUGAGUCGCAAGGUCUUUCCAAUUGUUACGCGCUGGGGCUCGAGAUAAAUAAAAAAAUCUACCAAAGUACAACUUAACACUGUAUUAGCACUUAAGAAUUUAAAAUUCUCAGUUCGCUUCUUCCGCUUCGCUUCAGGUGAUCCGUUCGCUGUUUCGCUUCGAGUAGUUCCGAUUACUGACUGACUGCGUGCCACCUCUGCAACGCUUAUAGACGAUACCACAUCCCUAGAAUUAUCGAGAAUAUUCCACAUAAUUCGAGUAUGUGUGGUUCGGCUAUCUGAUAAUAGAUGGCGUUGUACGCCUUGAGUUUUCUAGAUGCUACUACAUCCUUCGAUAUUCAUUCGAGUAUUCGGCGAUAUAUGGCGUUACUCUUACCGGCGUAACACAAUGUUUAAGUCUGGCUUGAAUUUGGAUCGAUAUUUUUUUCUAAAGUAUGAGGGUACACAGGUAAGAGCGUAUUUAAUACAGCAUGUAUGUAUGGGUCUUUUAAUAUUUAUAUAGUUUUAAAAAAUAUAUGUAUUAUUAAUAAACAUGAAAAACGGCCCUAGGUAAUAAAUAAUAAAUGUAAUAAAUCGGCACACAACCAGCAAGAAAUCUAGAGUUAAUAUCGAGAUAUUAACUCUAGAUUUCUUGCUGGGUGAAAGGCUAUUUGGUUUAAGCGACAUUUCGCUUUAUACGCGACAUGUUUGUAAUUAUAGGUCCGUUUUAUUUGGUAUCAGCAUCAGUGGAUGUUUUUAUUUGAACUUCAAUUAAGUAUUCCAUUAAAAUAGUUGAAAAAGUUUUUUGUUAAGAUAUUUUUUUAUAAACUUUGUGCUAGAGUGUUAAAAAGCCACCAUUAUUAUGUGUAUAUCAUAGACCUAUAUAGUAGGGACACGACAUAUUGUUCUAUACGUACAAUUGCUUAUAUAAAUAGCACCCAUUUUGAAGGCACAUACAUAAACAUAUAUCUAUCUCGUUCUUACUCAGCACUUUAACUCGCAGGAAAACAAUAUAACAGUAUUUCAGUGCGUACAUAAAAUGAAACAUGAAUAUACGUAAAUAUCUCCGUCUCCGUCUAAUGAGGCCGAAAAUCCGCCAUGUUUAGCGCGCCAAAUGUCAUUGUCACGUCAGUUCGGCCGUCUGUUUUGGGUUGUACAUUAUUUAUUGACUUUGAUAUCGAUUUAAUAUGAUUGAUUAUAUAAAAUUUCAUAAUUUAUCAUGCUUAAAACAUACAAAAAUAAUAAUUAAAACGUAUUUUAUAGGAUCUCAAGAAAGUCGAUGCCCUAAAACUAUUAUCUAUAUGUAUUCAAAUUCAUUAUGGAGCCCUCAUCCGAAAAAUCCAUUUUUCGGUCGGAAUCUAUUGAUCAUGACACUAAUCAUAAAUACCACUUUAAAAUAUGUCAUCAAAACAUAUUUAGACAUUCUGUUUAGAUAUUUCGGGAAAAACGCUACCGAACGCAACUAACAACGCUACGCUCUUCGGAACUAUUUAAAUAAAAUAGUUUUAUUCCGCAGUGAGUAAAACACUAUUGUAAAUUUGUUAAAUAUUUAAUAAUUAAGUGAUUUUAGAGAGGAAGUCACAAGGAAUGACGUUUGUAAUUAAUGAAUAAAUGUUCUGUAGGUGUUUUUUUUUUCACGCGGUCCCUUGAUAAGUUUAAAAUUUGAAUCACUCUCAAGCGAAAGUGAUUCAAAUGGUGCGGCGCACCUUCCUUGGGGUGCGCUGCGGUAGUAUGUUACGGACUUUAGAGUCAGCAAAACAAUUAAAAUAGAUUGUUAUAGUCUAAGAAAAACACGUACUCAAAAUACGAUAACAUUUAGCAUGCUAGAAACGGGCUGAUGGCUUUGAACUACGCCAUAUCUUUAUGUUUUGCGACAAACGACAACUUUAUAAAAUCAGUGUAGCAACUUUUAAAAAUCAACUACGUUUACUUGGCAAAUUCGAAGGACGAACUUGUCUUAGAUUUCACCCAUCUAAAUCAUAUCAUAUUUGCACAUAACAAUAUACCUACUUACUUCCCAUUAAAGUAUAAAUUCUACAAAUAAAUAAUACUCAACAAUAUUUAAAAUAAAAUGAGCCAAGAACGUUUAUCGAUAAAACCUGAUAACAUUGAAAUCUUUUGUACAGCACUAAAGCCGCCAUGUUUUGUGGCCAGAUGACGUCACAGUGGCACGAAAUUUUGGUUGACGUUUCAUUUCCAUAGGUUUCCUACUUCAUUGGUGUAUAUACAUUAAGUAACUAUAUAACAUUAGAUUAACAAUAAAACAAUUCUGACAACUUCGCUCGUCGCAUUCCCGCCAAAAUUUCAACGGAACAUUUUUGCAGACAAUCUAAAAAAGAAAACUAUGCACGAUAGUUCUAGUUUGGUCAUGACAAUUUAUAAAAUUGUCACUUUUAAAAAUAUAAUAUUUUAAAGGGCAAACUUUGUCUCAAUCGUCAUGCGUGAGACGUUGCGUUGCGUAGACGUCUAUUUAGCUCCGUUGAGCACUUUUUGAUUGGAGAAAACCUUAUGGUUUCGCGUCACCCACAGCGUACCUGUAGCUAUACAGGGUGAGUAAUAGCAGUGUACCUGUAGCUAUACAGGCGACGUAUUGUACAUCAUUAGCCCUGUGCAUACCUUCACAAGAGAAAGUUGGGUAUACGGGCCGCGUGAGUGAACACUGCACUUGCAUAGAUCAUGAUUGCAUAUUAAUUGUCGAUUCAAUUGUAUUUAUAUAAUAACAGAAUUGAAUUGUAUUUAGAUUUCGUACAGCCCGUAAUUGAAUAACAAUUGAAUAAUAAAUAAACCAUAAAAACAUGUUUAAGAUUGUUGCUCGGAGUGCCAGUAAUGUGAAAACCAGAUUGAUGUUGAUAAUUUUAAUUUAAAUAUUAUCAAUUAUAGUUUUUCAUUUCUAUCGGUAGUCCCUAUGACGGCCAAUUUUUUUAAAAGUAAUUUCAUCAUUGCCAAGAAAGUACCAGUAACGUAAGAAUAAAUGAAAAAAAAAAACAUUCCUCAUUAGCAUUUAAGCAACAGAAGAAAGCUGUUUUUUAAGUAGUUGAAGUGAUAUUACCAAGAGUGACGAAAACGAUCUUUUUUUUUAAAUAUUUUAGUACUUUAAAAUAUUUUAAUAAAGUGAUUAGGUGUUUUUGUAUAA